AUGAAAGCUAAACAGGCUAAAGCUAGCUCGGUCCUACCGUCUACCUCCCCCGCCCCGCCGCACAAGCCACCUGCGGAGCUCGACUGGGCGCCCGCUGCGGUGAAGCAGUGUACGGACCUCGCGGCCAACGUGCUCCGGACCAACCACCACCCCUUCAUCCUCUACCGCUUCGUCGGGCAGGUGAAGAAGGCGAAUAGGCUCCCCGCGGGGGUCGACCACGCGCUGUUCACCCGGACCAUACUCGCUGCGAUGGACAAGGACCCGCGGUUCAAGCGUGGCGUCUACAAAGGCAAGCCCUGCUUCUGGGCCUCUAGCAACGAGUUCGGCCCCACCGGGCCGGCUGACCCCGCGCCGAACAGCAAAGUUAAAAUUCGAGUACCCAAACCGCCGAAGCUCGCAAAGCCAGCAAAGUUAGCAAAGGCAGCACAGCCAGCAAAAUCAGCGCUGCCAGCGAAGUCAGUACAGCCAGUAAAGCCCGCAGUACUAGCAGCGCCGCCCGUGCGGCUCACGUCAGAGAUAGCAAUCGAGGAUUCGACGGUGGACAUCGUCACCUACGCGCAGCUCACGCAAGACGAGGUGCGCACUGCAACUCCCACGACUGAGCCGCCCGUCGUCCUACCCGAGCAGGCGACGGUCGCUACAUCAUCGCCCAUCGCCGCCCAGCCUCCGCUGCGCUUCGAAGAACCUGACCCGCCCUCGCCCCUCGUGAGCGUGGUGGCACCGGAAACCGCCGUGCCGCCGCCGGUGGUCCCUCGGGGCGCCGUGCGAGGCUUCCUGCUCGAGGAGCGCAGCUCCCGCGCCCUCGAAGCUGGAGUCGCUCUGGCCGACCGGGCCGCCGCGUCGGCCUUCGCCGAGGCCGCGCUGCUCGGCGAGCGGACCAACUGCGGCCACGCCUGGGACCCGACCGCCGCCUCCGCCUCCGCCAGCGAGAUCUACCUGAACACGCACGAGCCGUUCUGUCUGGCGACGGUGGGCGUCCAAGGCGGCGGCAAGAGCCACACGAUGGCGUGCGUGCUCGAGUCGUGUCUGGUGCCCAUGCUCGAGGACGACGUCGUGCGGUUGCACGCCCCGAUGAGCGCGCUGGUCCUGCACUACGACCAGAACGUGACCUCCGUGUGCGAAGCCACGGGCCUCAUCUCGCCCCACCCGGCUCUCCAGCGCCUGCUGGCCCCUCGACAGCUUGGCGCGGCGCCGUGCCUGCCGAGGGACAAGAUGGUGGUCCUGGUCUCGCCCUCGUUCUACCGGCAGCGCAGGGCCUUCUACGGCGACUACUGCACGGUCAAGCCGCUGCUCUUCCGGUGGCACACGCUCACGGCCGACCACAUCAAGCGCAUCAUGCGCAUCAAGGACGGCGACAACCAGCUCUACGUGGCGGCCAUGCUCGACCUCCUCCGCCGGUACCAGCGCGACGCCGUCGUGCCCGCGUUCGCCGACUUCCUGGCCCAGGUCAAGGAGACCUGCAAGCUCAACGGGCAGCGCGGCCCGCUCGAGCAGCGCAUGGCCCUUCUCGAGUCGCUGGUGGCCGAGAGCGCCAUCAACGCCGACAUUCGGGCCGACGGCGCCGAUCUAUACGCGAGCUGCCAGCCGGGCACGCUGGCCAUCGCCGACCUGACCGACCCGCUGCUGGCCGCCGAGGAGGCCAACGGCAUCUUUCAGGUGCUGACCGAGCAGUACCGGGCGCUGCCCCUGCGUGGCUGCGGCAAGCUGCUGGCGCUGGACGAGGCCCACAAGUUCAUGGACGGCGUGGCGGGCGACGGCCUCAGCGAGGCGAUCGUGGCCGUGGCGCGGCUGAUGCGGCACGACGGCAUGCGGCUGGCCGUGAGCACCCAGAGCCCGCUGGCUCUCGCGCCCGAGCUGCUGGAGCUCGUCACCGUGGCCGUCCUGCACCGCUUCCACUCGCGCGACUGGUUCACCUACCUGGCCAAGAAGCUCCCGCUCUCCGACCACGCCGCGCUCGAGCUGGCGACGCUGCAGCCAGGCCACGCGCUGGCCUUUGCCUCGCGGUCGCACCUGCAGGGCGCCCUCACUGCUGGGCAGCCGGCUGACGACGGCACGGACGGGCUCGGAAUCCACGUGUUCCCUCUGCGCGUGCGCGGCCGCAUCACCGCAGACCGAGGAGCCAGUCGCAAGAACGCCGGCGCCGCGACUUAG